CUCCUCCAUUCCAGUCCUUUCAGUCCUGCGCUACGGCAACCAUAGCUAUGAGAGCCCCCACCAGACAAAAACCCAAUCUAGAGAGAGAAGAUAAAAUCCCUUCUUUAGAGAGAGAACCAAGAAUCUGAGACCUGAAAAAGAAGAGGACGUACAUACAGAGGACCCGUGUAGAGAAUAUCCGAUUGGAAAGCUGACCGGUUACGUCUAAUCCAUGGCGGGUGGAUGGGUCAAGUCACUGCAAUGCAAAUCCAGAGCAUUUGACGAUGUUUACCACCCAAACCCGAAGAACCUCCGAUACAGUGCUAGUUGCAGAAAGAGCGCACAAAACGUCAAAGACGUCAUCGAAUCCGCCACCAAACACAAGCAUUCUUCCAAACCCAAAAAACCCACGAAUCGUCAGAACCCGAUUUCAAAACACCCACGACCCGAGGUACCAGUCGCAGAGGGGAAUAUUGUCCGUUCUCGGACAGUCGGUAAUCCGGAACCCUUUUUCCCGGCUUUGGCGGAGCUACCCGAGGGUCAUCCUUCAAGGAAUGUGGUGGAGAUUAUUUUCCACACUAGUUGGAGUCCCAAGGCAUUCACGGGUCGGAUCGACGUGGUUUUCAAAAUUCAGAACGGGUCUAAGACUGUGGCUCGAUUCGAGGAGUACCGAGAGAUGGUAAAAGCCCGGGCCGUGUCGGACGGGCUGGACGGAGCGAGUACGUGGGAAGAGAACGCGCGGUGCGUCGCUGACGGGAAUGAGGUCAUGCGGUUUUAUUGCCUGGGGCCAGCAGGCGGACCGUACGACGCUUGCGGAGACGCGUGGACAUUCUCUAUUGGGAAGGGUUCGCCUAUUUGCACGUUUUCAGGUAGCGGCGGAGCCCACGAGAGCGCCGGCGGUGGAAGGGGUAGGAGGGCCAUGUUGGUUUGUCGGGUCAUUGCGGGUAGGGUAUCGAAGCAAAUCGGGCUCGAUUCGUUGUUGAAUGGGCGGGUCGGGUUUGAUUCGGUCAGUGGAGACAACGGCGAGUUACUAGUGUUUGAUUCUCGGGCGGUGUUGCCUUGUUUUCUUAUUAUCUAUAAAUUGUAAAAAUACCUGAAAAUUAUUUUUCUUCUAUUUCUAUUGGCUGGAAUUUGAUUUUUAUUUUCUUGGCUGCA